AUGCAAAUAAAUCAGUUAUUUAUAGAAAAAAAAGUAAAUAAAAUAUAUUUACUGGUUGAUAAUUAAAUGAGAAUUAAGGUUAUAAGAUCAAAUAAAUUUUUAAAAUUUCAGAUAUCAAUUAAUAAAGAGCACUUAGAUGUUAAUUGCAAAUUGUUUAGUAAAAGUUUGAAAGUGAAAUCGAACAGUUUUUUUAAGAAUUAGUAAAAAUAGCUUUAUUAAAAUCAUUAAAUUCAGAUAUUCAAGUGUCAAAAGAAUUCAAAAGUAUUUCGACUCCAGAAAUAAAACCAUUUACUGGAUACAAUAAAAAAUAAUUCAAUUAAAACGUUAUUAGAAAUUUUGUAAUAACCUUUAAAUUAAAGAUCAUUUCGUAUAAAACAAUUGAAAAUUAAAAGUUGA